AUAGGCAAUUACCCCUCUAUCCCUCGAGGGAUCCCGACCUGCUCAUCACCUCGCCUCAUCUAGCAGAUUUCCCCCAUCUUUAAACCUCGACAGUUGACUGCAAUGGAUUUUCCAAAAGAAGAGGAGAGAAUCCUUGAAUUCUGGCGGGAGAUUGAUGCCUUCAGAACCUCCGUUAAGCUCUCAGAAGGAAGACCGCCCUACUCGUUUUAUGAUGGUCCUCCAUUCUGUACUGGGUAUAUUUCUUCCUUCGCCGUUUCACUCGCACUAUAAAGCUUACCAACUACGUUAUAUUAGUCUACCACAUUACGGUACUUUCCCCCUAUACCUGCUUCUCCCCCGACCAUUUUUCCUGACUAGCACCCGUAGGACAUCUGCUCGCGAGCACAAUCAAGGAUAUUGUUCCGCGAUACUGGCAUAUGAAAGGCUGUUAUGUCGAGCGACGAUUCGGAUGGGAUACCCACGGUUUGCCUAUCGAGCACGAAAUCGACAAAAAGCUUGGAAUUACGUCGAAGGAUGAUGUCCUUAAAAUGGGAAUGGAUAAAUACAACGAGGAGUGCAGAGGCAUCGUCAUGAGAUACUCUGCCGAGUGGAGGCAAACCAUUGAUAGGUUAGGUCGAUGGAUUGAUUUCGACAACGACUACAAGGUUUGCGGGUACCCAUCACUAAUGACUGCGGUUUGCUGAGGGAAACAUAGAGCAUGUACCCAACAUUUAUGGAAUCAGUCUGGUGGGCUUGCAAGCAACUUUUUGAGAAAGACCAAGUAUAUCUAGGAUAUAAGGUCAUGCCAUAUUCUACCGCUUGCACCACACCUCUCUCGAAUUUUGAAGCUCAGCAGAACUACAAAGACGUCCAGGACCCUGCAAUUGUAGUAGCUUUCCCGCUGUUGGAUGACCCGACUACAGAGCUGCUUGCUUGGACCACAACUCCUUGGACUCUCCCUUCACAUACCGGGAUCGCGGUUCAUCCAGAUUUCGAGUACGUCAAGAUUAGUGAUCAAACUUCCGGCAGGAGCUAUAUCCUUCUCGAGUCGUGUCUUAAGACACUAUACGGAGAGAAGGGACUGAAAAAGGCGAAAUACACCGUCUUAGAGAGGGUCAAAGGAAAGGACAUGCUGGGUUGGAAAUAUGAACCUCUGUUUGACUACUUUUACGAACAGUUCAAGGAUUACGGAUUCAAAGUUUUGAACGCAACAUAUGUUACCUCGGAUAGCGGAACAGGGUUGGUACACCAGUCGCCUGCUUUUGGCGAGGAGGACUAUUUAGUCGCCAUGGAAGCGGGUGUUAUCAGCGAGGAGAGGCCUCCUCCGAACCCCGUGAACGAGGCCGGUAUUUUCACAAGUGAGGUCCGAGAUUUUGCCGGACUUCACGUAAAGGUAAGGCUUGUACUUAGCCUAGUAUUAGGGGUUCUGCUAACCUUAUUUGGAGGCCGCAGAUAAGGGGAUUAUUAAGCAUCUCAAGGAAAACAAGCGACUGAUUGUAGACAGCCAAAUCACCCAUAGUUAUCCUUUCUGCUGGCGUUCUGACACUCCCUUGAUUUAUCGCGCCGUGCCUUCCUGGUUCGUCCGCAUCCCUAACAUCAUUCCCAAGAUGCUGGAAAACAUCGAGGGUUCGCACUGGGUGCCGACAAACGUCAAAGAAAACAGAUUCGGCAACUGGAUUCAGAAUGCAAGAGACUGGAACAUCUCUCGUAACCGUUACUGGGGCACGCCCAUUCCUAUCUGGAUCUCUGAUGACAGAGAAGAGAUGGUGUGUGUCGGAAGUGUUGAGGAAUUGAGGAAACUUAGUGGUUGUGGGGAGAUCCCGGAUCUUCACAGGGAUAAGAUUGACCAUAUCACUAUCCCUAGCAAGAAAGGGAAGGGCGUUCUGCGAAGAGUUGAAGAGGUUUUUGAUUGUUGGUUUGAGUCUGGAAGCAUGCCUUAUGCCAGUAGUCACUACCCGUUCGAGAACAAAGACCAAUUUGAAAAGGUUUUUCCGGCAGACUUCAUUGCAGAAGGAUUAGAUCAAACCCGUGGGUGGUUCUAUACUCUCCUUGUUCUCGGUACUCAUCUCUUCGGUGUGUCACCAUUCCAGAACUGUAUAGUCAAUGGUAUCGUCUUGGCUGAAGAUGGAAAGAAGAUGUCCAAACGUCUCAAAAAUUACCCAGACCCGACGCUGGUUAUGGAUAAGUAUGGGUCAGAUGCUCUCCGACUUUACCUUAUCAAUUCACCCGUCGUCAGGGCUAUGCCGCUGAGAUUUAAGGAAGCCGGUGUUAAGGACGUUGUUGCUAAAGUCCUAUUACCACUAUGGAAUAGCUAUAACUUCUUUGAGCAGCAGGCUCAGCUUCUCAAGAAGCUCGGAGGUGUUGACUUCAAAUUCAAUCCCGAGUCCGGUGGGAGCAAGAAUGUCAUGGAUAGGUGGAUCUUAGCCAAUUGUCAGAGCUAUCUCAAAUUCGUGAACCAAGAGAUGAAGGGUGAGUCUCCUAGCUUUAGGGUUCACGUCAUAUGAUUUCUAACCAUCUAUCAUAGAUUACCGACUUUAUACUGUCGUUGGAAGAAUGCUUGAGAUGGUUGACAAUACUACAAAUUGGUAUAUCCGGUUCAACAGGAAGCGCCUCAAGGGCGAGUAUGGAACGGAGGACACUCUACAUGCCUUGAAUUCCCUAUUUGAGGUUCUUUUCACCCUUGUCCGUGGAAUGGCUCCAUUUUCACCGUUCCUCACAGACAACAUCUACUGCCGUCUCAAGCCUUAUAUUCCUGACUCUAUGCUGCCUAAAGAUGCACGAAGUGUACAUUUCUUGAGUUUCCCAGAGGUUCGGGAAGAGCUAUUCGACGAGGAAGUUGAGCGGAGAUUCGGAAGGAUGCAAAAGGUUAUCGAACUAGGCCGUACAUCGAGAGAGCGAAAGGCAAUUGGUCUGAAGGUAAGUGAUAAGCAAUUGCUAAACCGAAUUUUUCACAGCUAAUAUGUUAUUCACCCCUUAAGACACCCCUAAAAACCCUUGUUGUUAUUCAUCCCGAUCAGACCUAUCUAGAUGACAUCAAAUCUCUAGAAUCCUAUAUUACAUCCGAGCUAAACGUCCGAGAUUUGGUCCUCUCGGCAGAUGAGGAGAAAUACGGUGUCCAGUACAAGGUCACCGCAGACUGGCCCGUCCUCGGAAAAAAGCUAAAGAAGGACCUCGUCAGAGUCAAGAACGCGCUUCCUUUCAUUACCAGCGCGGAGGUCAAGAAAUUUGCCCAAGAGAAGCAGAUUAUCGUCGGGGGGAUUGCACUCAUCGAAGAGGACCUCGUCAUCAGCCGUGGCCUCAGCGACUCCGGUACAUCUCAAGACCUUGAAACAAACUCCGACAACGACGUCCUCACCAUCCUGGACAUAGCCCUCCACAAGGAGCUCCAGAGUGAAGGCCUUGCCAGAGAGAUUGUCAAUCGUGUCCAGAGACUCAGGAAAAAAGCUGGCCUCCUCCCAACCGACGACAUCAAGAUGGAGUACAAAAUCCUUCAAGACCCGAUCGGGUUAGAAGAGGUGUUCGUCGAACAUGCCGACACUUUUGAGAAAGCUCUCCGCAGACCCCUGGAUAAAGCUACCAUUACUGAAGUUGGCGAGGGCCAGCCCGGGGAGAAUUCGGAUAAGACGAUCCUGGAGGAGGCUCAAGAGGUUGGGGAGGCUACGUUCAUGCUUAGGCUGUUGAAGCUUUAGUUUGAUGUUCUAUGUAGGUCUGCUCUACACGGGGUACCUUUCUCUCCAUUGCUUACCGAAAAUUCCCUUAUUUCUUUUUUCUUUUUUCUACCUCUCAUCGUUCCCCUAUGUAAGGUGCAAUGAAGCAAAUAGACAGAUAUCCAUGCUGAUAUAG